AUGGACAACCUGACAUUCACAAACAGCCUUCUCCUCGUAGAGGGACUAAAAAUUACAACUCAAUCUUCUUAUCCUGUUUUCAUCUUGCUUCUUUUGGUUUAUGUCUUUAUAAUGGUCUCCAACAUUGGACUUGUAUUUCUGAUCUCAACAGAGAAGAAUCUACAUCAUCCUAUGCAUUUUCUGUUCUGUAAUUUGCCGAUAAAUGAUAUUCUUGGUACAACUGUCGUUUUACCACGCUUAAUGCAAGACAUGUUAAAGGAAACCUCAGAGCGCUAUAUCACAUAUGUGGAAUGUGUUAUUCAAGCUUAUUUUGUGCAUAUAUUUGCAGUAGCAUGCCAUUAUGUGCUAAUGAUCAUGGCCUUUGACAGAUAUGUAGCUAUAUGUAAUCCACUCCGAUACACCGCUAUAAUGACCAAUAAAAUGGUUAUUAAACUCUCAGCAUCAGCCUGGGGGCUUUCAAUAUUCAUGGUGUCAAUUCUGUUGGGUCUCACUUUACGUCUGUCUCGCUGCAGGUCUAACAUUGAAAACCCUUUCUGUGACAAUGCCUCACUGUUUAAACUGUCCUGUGAAAGUGUGGUCAUUAAUAAUGUGUUUGGAAUAAUUUAUACUGUGAUUGUCUUUACCUUCUCUCUUGGUUCUGUAGUAAUAACAUAUGGAAAGAUUGCUACUGUAUGCAUAACCAGCAAAAACAAAUCACUCAACAGCAAAGCCAUAAAAACCUGUAGCACUCAUAUUGCUGUUUUUUUAAUCAUGUUUGUUUCUUGUGGUAGUUUUAUUUUUCUCCAUCGUUUUCCUGAAUACUCUGACAGCAGGAAAUUAGCUAGUAUAAUGUUCCACAUUGUACCACCAGGAUUAAAUCCUUUAGUAUACGGUUUACAAACCAAAGAGAUAAGACAAAAGUUUGUAAAAUUGUGGUUCAGAAAAAAGGUGAAUCCCUAA